AACUAACAAGCUCAGCUCAGCUCAACUCAGCUUCAACUCCCAACUCCAGCUCCAAUCCAGCUCUCAAAUACUACAAACAACAACAGCAUCAACAAACGCAAUGCCUCCCUUCCUCCGCCCUCGUCUCCCCCUCCCUCUCCUCAACCUCAACCUCAACCUCACAACCUCCCGCUUCUCAUCAACCUUCUCCUCGCGCCCAUCCCCCCCCAAACUCCCUGCCGCCCAACAAGCCGAAUUCGAACGCCUCCAGCGCGCCGCCGCCGUCUCCUCCGCCUUCCAAGAACCAACCCAAACCCCUCCAUCCACCGAAUCACCGCGCCACACAACAACCGCCUCUGCCUCCGCCUCCGCAGUCAAGACAGACGACGCUACGACCCUCAACCAGGGCCUCUUUCGCGGCGCGCCCCCGGAAUUCGAGGGUGAUACGAAUCCCAAGACGGGCGAGGUGGGCGGUCCCAAGAAUGAGCCCUUGCGGUGGGGUGGGAAUGGCGAUUGGAGCUAUAACGGCAGGGUGACGGAUUUUUGAAGGCUGCGAUGAAGAGGGGAGCGACAGAAGGCGCGGAACGAUUCGAACAAAGAUUUUCACAUACGAACAAAGAGAAAAUUUACAACACAAACGAAGAGAAGAACCAAAAAAAUCACUGACAGGUGGAAAAGAUGUAAGAUGGGGAAAGAUCAAUUGCGAGGAGAUACCAGCGUCGCGCAUAGCGACGAAUUGUACAUUACACUAUAGAUUCUGAAGCAUGUACUAUUACUAUCCCACGCAUCAUGAUGAGUAGAGGGGGUAUUUCUUCAUAUCCCAGAGAGGAGAGAGGGGGAAAAGGGAAGACAGAUGGAAAAAAAAAAAAAGCUCCAGAUAUAAUGGCCGCCACCACCAUUCCACUCCCAAAAAAAAAGCAUAUGCCCUCGCUAUUUUGCUGUCCGCCCAAAAUACAAGCCCUUAUAUAUGAGUCCCUUCCUCCCAAGGGAUAUCCAUCCCAUCCCAUGUAGAGAAGAACCCUUCAUUGAAUAAAUCCUCAUGACAAUAGAAAAUAACAAUAGAUAAAGGAUC